AUGACCAGACGACAUUCCCGCAGAAAUAUACAUAUAUGGUGGUUUUCGUCUAGCCAACAACAUUUCUCCGCUCUCCAAAAUAGUCUUAAUGUUUUGUCGUAUGCCAAUAGUCGUGCAGGAAUUGUUGUCAACACUGCAAAAACCGAAAUACUCUCCCUAGCUACAAAUCAAAACAAACCAGCUACACCUUUUGUGGUUUAUGUAGAUGCUCUCAAUAAUUCGCAUGAAUUCAUGUAUCUUGGUAGUAUGCUUAGUACUGACUGCUGUCUGGAUCGUGAAAUUGAUCAUCGCAUUAGGGUCAUAUUAUUCGUAUGGCGGAGUCUCGUCUACCUCGUAGAUUGUUAUAUAGCGAACUAUCAAAUGGCUGUCGUUCAGUCGGCGUCGACUUAUACGUCUUGCAGCAACAUCAAGAGAAUUGAAACCAACUGGUCCUUGAUGCCCCCAUUGUGGUAA